AUGCUACAUUGUCUCGCACGCCUGCGCGCCGCCUCCCUCGUCCUGAUCGCAACCCUCACACCCCUCGCACUCGCAAACACCGAAAUCCUCGUCUCACGCCUGCCUUUCGAGCUUGCGGAUCUCCCAAAUGCUACUUAUAGCGCACAAGUUUCUCCCCACAUCCUCGAAGUCAACUCGCCGCAGACGCUCUCUGUCCGCCUGAACGAGGGUCAAAAGUCUCCAAAACAGCUAUUCAUACCGCUCGAUGGUGCUGGGACGGUGCGAACGGGCCUGCUUGGCCUCCUGGACAGGUUCGAACGGGCAAUGGGGCUGGAUAUGCGGACUGUGAGACUGUCGUGGCCUGCUUCGCAUCCGACCACCUUCCACCUCUCAACCCACCGCGCUCCCUCAUCCUCGCCUCACCCUUCCCUCCCUCACCUGCUCAUCUCCGCAACUCCCUCCUGCAUCUCUCCCUCCCAACAUCACACCCUCAACGUCCCCUUCACGAUCCUCCUCGAACCGGUCCACUUCGGCGGCGUGCCAGAAUCGACGCUGCCGUUUGUUCUGGUGUUGAUUGGGUUGGUUGCGGUGGUGGGAGUGAGUGGAGUGGCGAAAGGAGUGGGGAGGUGGGUGGAGGAGCUCGGGAGGGCGGAUCGCAAGCUGGAUCUGGCGGGAGAAGAUGAGAAGGCGCAAUGA